AUGUUGUCAUCACUGGACUCGUUAUCGAAAAAAAUAUUUCUAUUCGUGAUCUUUGGAGCGUGUUUUAUGGGCUGGGGGAAGUGUGCGACAACUGGCGUGAUUGAAGAAGAAGAAGAAGAAGAAGAAGAAGAAGAAGAUGAAGAAGAAGAUGAAGAAGAAGUAGAAGGAAAAGAAGAAGAAGAAAAAGAAGAAGAAGAAAAAGAAGAAGAUGAAGAAGAUGAAGAAGAUGAAGAAGAUGAAGAAGAUGAAGAAGAUGAAGAAAAAGAACCGGAGGAAGAAGAAAAAGAAAUAAUCAUAAUAACAAUUAUCAUCAUCGAUUAUUAUUAUUAUUAUUCCAGCGUCUUCAAUCAUCAUCGCCAUCAGACAUUUGCCAUAUCAAUCAAAGCCCGCUUCUUACUUGCUAACUAA